GUCCCCAAACAGCUCAAUAUUUCUCUGUACACUGAAUGCAGAGAAGGAGAACAAAAGGGUCUUCCAACUGUUUGUGGAAAUGUGGAUUUGUAAAAGUCAAUCAAGGAAAGGUGCUUAGAAAGCAUAAAGGAUGUGACUCUAGGAUGGUAGUGGAUACAGAGACUGCAUGGACCAAUGAGAUUGAAUGGGGCUGCAAAACCAGAGGCGAGUAUGGAGAGACCCUUGGAAUAUUUUUGACACCAUGUCCAUUUGUAUUUGUCUCCUUUUGAUCUUUCUUUGAACUUGGACAUGGAGAGGGAAAGAGACAAGAAGAGUCCGCAGAAAAACAAAGAUACAGCAACUGAUACUGAACUAACAAAAGGGAGGAUAAGGAGAAAUGCAAACAUGUAAUCACGUCAUCGACCAAAGCUUCCAAAGAAAGUCCUUCAAGUUUGCACCAAAUGAAGUGCUAGUAAACAUGCUGCUGACUGUGUAUGUAUGCAUUUGAUCUCACUUAAAAUUCUUUUGUUACAUGUCCUUUUAAGCUGGAGGAAAGAACACAUGUACUUUCAAGUUGGAAGAAAGAUCACAUCUAGGUCUUAUGGAUUUGCAUCUUGCUUCUCUUCCUACAAGCCUGCAUCUAUGUAUAAUGAUUUUGGAACAACGCCACCAUCCAUCUUGUUUGUCCCUUUUAGCUGGAGGAAAGAACACAUCUAGGUCUUAAUGGAUUUGCAUCUUGUUUUUCUUUUAAACCUGCAUCUGUGUACACUGAAUUAGGAACAAUACUCCCAUCUUGUUAGUUUCUCUGCAAUUGGAUGCAGCCUUGCAUUCCUUCAAGCAUGGAUGUGAUAAUAUCUGAGGCAAUCUAUGGAUGUUCUCUAAAAUUGCAUCAAGUGGCAGAGAAGAGGUCUAAAACUGCAGAAUGUGCCACAGAGAAUACCCACCUUCCAGAACAUGUUUGAAAAUCGUCUUACUCUCAAUCUCAUGCUUUUCAUCUAAUAUGCAUCUUGUUUCAAUGAUUCACUGGCAUGAUUCUUAAUUUCCGUGAUUCCCCAUCAUUCAGCAUACCCUCUUAUCAAGCAGGCUUUUGUCUUUCUGGGAUGCAAGAUCCACCAAGUUAACAGUGUGGAUAUGGAAAUGAGAAAAACAAAAUUUCCCAGAUGGA